AUGGAUCGAAGUGUGAUUUACCAUGCCCAGUGCAUUGCGAAGGAAAUGUGUGUGAUUCAGUAUCAGGGUCCUGUCUUCAGUGUAUGGUUGGAUGGAAAGGCCCACACUGUGAUCAAAGUAGGAUAUGAAAGGGCAGGGAUUUAUGGAGUACAUUGUGAUUUGCCAUGCCCAUUACAUUGUUUAGGAGACGUUUGUGAUCCUGUAUAUGGAACAUGCUAUAAUUGCACGAAUGGUUGGGUAGGCAGUUCUUGUGACGAGCCUUGUUCACCUGGAACAUAUGGUUUUCAAUGUAAAGACAUUUGUAAGGGCCAUUGCGUUGGGGGAUGCAAUUCUGUUACUGGUGACUGUGACAAUGGAUGUGAUCCAGGUUGGAUGGGUGAACAUUGUAGCAAUGAGUGCUCCGAAGGAUUCUAUGGGCAAGGUUGUGCGUAUACAUGUGGACAUUGUCGAAACGGCGUUGGAUGUCGUAAGGCAGACGGGUUUUGUGUAAACGGAUGCGAUGCUGGAUAUAAAGGAUCUAUCUGUAAGGAAGUCUGCACAGGGGGAUACUUUGGGGAAGGGUGUUUACAAUUUUGCAAUUCUACAACUCCUUGUAAUCCUGUGAACGGUGUGUGCUGCGGUUCUACAAGACAGUAUACGACUAUAGCACCUACUACAUGUAAAUGUCCAACAUGUCCGAAACAACAGACAUGUCCGAAACAACAGACAUGCCCAUCAUGUCCACCGCAAAUAACCACACAUUCUCCCCGUCCAAAGGCAACCUCAUCUGCGGAAAAAGUUUGGAGCAUGAAUGUUAUAUGUGCCUUUUCAAUUUUACUUAGCUUGCUGUAGAUGAAAAUACCGUAUAUAGUUCUUGGAUGUACACGUACUUUAAAAAUGAAGAUGAAGCAAUGAUCAAGGAGAGAAGCAAGGGCGUUUAGAAAAAACGGACAGAUGUUUUAUAAUUUCAAAUUAUCAAUUUCAAGAUCCCAGAAGCAAUU